AUGAUGAACGCAACCUUUAACAAUGACGUCACUGGAGACUAUCAUUCUGUUCAAAUGACGUCAUGGAUGCAAAACAUCUCCAACUUCCCGGUCACAGAGAUGCAGGGCCACACAGGCUACCGCAAUGACCACGAGCACAACGUCCUUGACCCUCACGCCCGGCCUGACCCGAUCUCCGACAGCGCUCGUGAGGUGUUCGAGCUGAUUAACUACGUCAUCAUCUGCCCAUGUAUCACCCUCUUCGGCAUCGUCGCCAAUGUCAUUAACAUGGUCGUGUACGCAAAGAUGGGCCUCACAGACCCAGUGAACAUCACUCUAUUCAGCCUGGCAAUCUCCGAUCUCUUGUCUUUGAUCACCUUAGUCUGGCACGCCAUUUGCUAUAACCCUUUAUUCAGAUAUUCAGAUAUCCCAUUUGAAUCGGUUGAAGUGGACUUCCUUACUGCUGGGUGGCCACAUUUAAUUUUUUCUCGAAUAACCAGUUGCUUAACCGCAUUUAUCACUGUUGAGAGAUGUCUUUGUGUGACGAUACCUUUGAAGGUAAAACUUCUCCUUACAGCUAGACGAACCCGCAUUCUUAUUUUGGGCAUGUACUUCGUACUCAUAACCAGCUCUUGUCCGAUUUACUACACCACAAGGCUGGACUGGAAAUUCUAUCCUAGUCGGAACCGAACCUUGCUUGGCCAUGUGUUCAUAGAAAACCGUGAAACAAUAGAGCGAGUCUCUUUCGCUUUGAACAACGUGUUUAUACCCAUGGCGUCCUUCGCUACGGUCGCUAUCUGCACGGGGAUUCUAGUGCAUAAACUCCGAGUUAAAAGUAAAUGGCGAGAAAGCACAACGGCACCUGGAGUUGGCUCGUCCAAAAAUACGUCAUUGAGAGAUCAGAGGAUUGUCCAGAUGGUCAUCUUCCUCUCCGCCAUAUUCAUCGUGUGUUUUCUGCCCACUACAGUAGCGUUUCUGGCCGCGGCAGCGAUGCAGCCUGUGUAUAAACUAGACGGUACUGGGGUAAUGCAUCUCAACUCUUUCAUAGUCACGCUCACGUUCUCCUUUAUUUUGGAGUCGAUCAACUCUUCUGUUAAUAUCUUUGUCUAUUUGAAGAUGAGUUCGCGUUAUAAGCAGGUUUUUAAUCAGUUAUUCAGAAAGGUUGGGGCUGAGCAAGGUAAAUGUGCAACGAUUACUAGUCAAAAAACUACUUGA